CACGUCAUUCAUGUGACGUCAUAGUUCUACAAUGGCGGAUGACAACAAAUAUGGAUAGAUUCAUUACACGUCUGUUCAUAUUUUUGUUAUAUACAAGUAUUGGGAUUUCUAAAGCAUAUUCAGGUCAGUGUUCCAAAUCCACAUGUAAAAGAGGUACUUGCUACACAGUAGGAAAUAAAGCCGGACUUUUAUGUUCAUGUCCAAUAUUCAGAACUGGGCCAAAGUGUGAAAAAGAGUCGUACCCUUGUUCCUCCUGCGAGAAGUCUGCUAGAGUUGACUGUAUUGGUUUACCAGAUGGAACUGCUCGCUGUAUUUGCACAAAGUGGAGAUACAAGAAAAUGAAGAAAAUACCUACCUCCAUAUGUUACUAUAAAAAGGCCAAGAAAAAUAGACAAAGCUUGUGUAAAAAGGGAAGACAUUCGUGCAGUCCUGCUCAAGAAUGCGUGAAUUAUGCUCAAGCUGGUAGGAACACACAGAUCACGUGUCAGUGUCCAGCAGGCACCAGGCGUGGACAUAAUUGCCAAGAAGGUUAUGAAAGAAUUCCUUUCAAUGGUCAAGCCACGUGUACGCACAUCAAGGGACAAGAACCUAUUUGUCUUUGUCAGAGAUAUGGGAAGAAACCAGGAUUUUGCAAACCACUGCAGCCAAACGGAAGGCCACCAGUUUUGAGAGGAAAUAAAAAGACAAAAGGCAGUUCCUAUUCUAGAAGCAAACCAUCUUUGCUGAGAAAACCUAAAAGUACACCAGGGUCAGGAAGGCCACCAGUUUUGAGAGGAAAUAAAAAGACAAAGGGCAGUUCCUAUUUUAGAAAACACUACAGAAAACCGCGAGUCAAUGGUAAAAGUAAAACGACUCCAGGCAAACCAUCUUUGCUGAGAAAACCUAAAAGUACACCAGGGUCAGGAAGGCCACCAGUUUUGAGAGGAAAUAAAAAGACAAAAGGCAGUUCCUAUUUGAGAAGCAAACCAUCUUUGCUGAGAAAACCUAAAAGUACACCAGGGUCAGGAAGGCCACCAGUUUUGAGAGGAAAUAAAAAGACAAAAGGCAGUUCCUAUUUGAGAAGCAAACCAUCUUUGCUGAGAAAACAUAAAAGUACACCAAGGUCAGAGUCGUACCCAUGUUCCUCCUGUAAGAAGACUGCUAGAGUUGACUGUAUUGGUUUACCAGAUGGAACAGCUCGCUGUAUUUGUACAAAGUGGAAAUACAUGAAAAUGAAGAAAAUACCUACCUCCAUAUGUUACUAUAAAAAGGCCAAGAAACAUAGACAAAAAUUGUGCAAACUUGGAAAACAUUCAUGUAGUCCUGCUCAAGAAUGCGUUAAUUAUGCUCAAGAUGAAAAUAAAAUGCAGAUGACAUGUCAGUGUCCAGCAGGCCAGAGAAGGGGAGAUAACUGUCGAGAAGACUAUAAGAGAGUUCCUUUUGAUGGGCAAGCCUCUUGUACACAAAUAAAAGGAGAAGUUCCUAUUUGUCUCUGUCAGAAAUAUGAGAAUCAACCUGGAUUUUGUAAACCACAGCAGUCAAGCGGAGGACUAAGCAAACCUUUGGUCCAGAGUGAAACUAAAAAGAAAAUAAGUGCAGGAGGACUAAGUAAACCUUUGGUCCAGAGUGAAACUAAAAAGAAAACAAGUGCAGGACGACAACCAGUCAAAGAAGGAGAUAAGAAGACAUCAAGUUCAGGACAACUUCGUAAGACACCAGCCCGAGAUGAAAAUGAAAAGCCCAAAAGUUCAGGAUCACUUUAUAAAACACCAGUCCGAGAUGAAAUUGAAAAGACACAAAGUUCAAGUAAGACAGGUGUGUGUUCUAAAGGUACAUGUAAAAAGGGCUCCUGCCACGAAGUGGGAAACAAAGUUGGAUUCUUUUGUUCUUGUCCAAUGUUCCAGACUGGACCAAGAUGUGAGAAAAAGUCUUACCCUUGCUCAUCUUGUACGGAGGAAAGAAAGCUUGAAUGCAUUGGUUUACCGGAUGGAACAGCUCGCUGUAUUUGUACAUUGUGGAAAUACAAGACAAUGAAGAAAAUACCUACAUCGAUAUGUUACUAUAAAAAGGCAAAGAAACACAGACAAAAAUUGUGCAAAAGUGGAAAGCAUUCAUGUAGUCCUGAUCAACAAUGCGUUAAUUAUGCUCAAGAUGAAAAUAAAAUGCAGAUGACAUGUCAGUGUCCGGCAGGCCACAGAAGGGGAGAUAACUGUCAAGAAGAUUACAAGUCUAUCGUUCCUGAUGGGGAAACUUCCUGUACCCAGACUGCCGAAAGCGGUGUCAUUUGUUUGUGUAACGAGUACGGAAGAUAUGACGAUGGGCCCGGAUUUUGUAAAGUCAACUUCCAGGACAAAAACUUUGCCGACAUUUCUAAAGGAAGACAACCAGUCGUAGAAGGAAAUAAGAAGACAUCAAGUUCAGGACAACUUCAUAAGACACCAGCCCGAGAUGAAAAUGAAAAGCCAAAAAGUUCAGGAUCACUUAUGAAAACACCAGUCCGAGGUGAAAUUGAAAAGACACAAAGUUCAGGUAAGACAGGGGUGUGUUCUAAAGGUACAUGUAACAAGGGCUCCUGCAACGAAGUGGGAAACAUAGUUGGAUUCUAUUGUUCUUGUCCAAUGUUCCAAACUGGACCAAGAUGUGAGAAAAAGUCUUACCCUUGCUCAUCUUGUAAGGAGGAAAGAAAGCUUGAAUGCAUUGGCUUACCGGAUGGAACAGCUCGCUGUAUUUGUACAUUGUGGAAGUACAAGACAAUGAAGAAAAUACCUACAUCGAUAUGUUACUAUAAAAAGGCAAAGAAACACAGACAAAAAUUGUGCAAAAGUGGAAAACAUUCAUGUAGUCCUGAUCAACAAUGCGUUAAUUAUGCUGAAGAUGAAAAUAAAAUGCAGAUGACAUGUCAGUGUCCGGCAGGCCACAGAAGGGGAGAUAACUGCCAAGAAGAUUACAAGUCUAUCGUUCCUGAUGGGGAAACUUCCUGUACCCAGACUGCCGAAAGCGGUGUCGUUUGUUUGUGUAACGAGUACGGUAGAUAUGACGAUGGGCCGGGAUUUUGUAAAGUCAACUUCCAGGACAAAAGCUUUGUCGGCAAGUCUAAAGGUUUUUCAAGAAAUAAAGACGUCAGUCCGGCUUCAAGUUCUUACACUGCUGCUGUUUCUAAGGGUUCUAACACUGCUGCUGUUUCUAAGGGAAAAGAAGAUAAGCAGUCUUCUAGAGCGAACAAAACGAACGUCAUGAAAAAUAUCACGUCUGCACAUUUAUUAGAUCCGGACUGGAAGAAAGUGGAUCCAUGUUCAUCACAGCCAUGUUUACAUGCUGGUAUCUGUGGACAACAUCCUUCUAAACAAGACGACUUUACGUGUGUCUGUCCUCUCGGCAGGACAGGAAAACUUUGUGAUAAAAAAAUCGCAGACUGUGACAGGCUAGGUUGCAAGAAAAAGAGAGAGUGUUUAUCAACACCAGAGGGCGCAGUUUGUAUCUGCACAGCACAUUUCCAAGAACAGAUGUGUUCCAUAAAAAUGAGAAAUGUAACAGAAUGGGAAAAGUUGAAGUUAGUGAUGGCACCAAGGAAACUGCACACGAUCGAAAUCGCUGCCAUCAUUCUGCUGGUAUUUGUUGGACUAAUACUGAUUUAUUUGAUCAGCCAUUGUAUUCGAGUUUCAUCUAAGAGAAAAGAAUACGAAGAAAAAUAUGAGAAGGUUGUAAAGAAGGGUGAAGUACCCACAGCCCCACUACCGGACUGGCUCGAUGUUAGCAAUGACUUGGCUAAACAAUCACUCUGUUGUGGAGCUUCUAAACUUCCUACAUCAUUCGCCCCUAAGAAAAAGAAGAAGAAGAAGGACAAAAAGAAGAAAAAAGGAACAGACGAAACAAAAGACAAAAACGAAAAUUCCCCAUUGUGGAAAAGGAGGUUUGGCUACCAGCGUAUUUUAGAUAAAUCUGAGAAAUUUAAUAGCAAUGUCAGUGUCCUAAAAAAGAGUAGAAACAAGUCAACAAACAAUACGCAUGAACGUACAUGGUUAACAACAAAACUGAAAGAAAAACACCGGGAUGAUAUUAAAAAGUCGAGGAAAGAGUAUGUGAAGCAGUACAUAAAGAAUCAUCAAAAAUAUUUCGGGGUUCAAUGUCCCAGUGUAACAAAUCUGGAGGACGAAAAAUAUUUAGCAAGUAUCCAUCCUAACUGCAAAACCCGUGAAAAAUACGAGGACCAGUAAAGUAUCAACACUUUUUGAAUGAUCCGAAUUUAAAUAGGAAAAUUUCAGACGCCUGGGUCUACUCAAAAGUAGAAGUCAGUCCUUGGGUGAAAACUGUUUCUGAGUCGAAGAAGAAGAAAUAAAAAAUUACUUAUGAAUUGAACAAACAGUUCAGAUAUACAGUACAGAUCUGGUGUACAGAUACAUAUGUAUGCUCUCAUUUAUAUCACUGUAAACAGACGAAAUCAUUAAGUGGGUAUGGACAGUUUGUUUUCGUAUGUAAUUAAAAAACAGCUUUUGUGCUAUACGGUACACUGAACAGAAAUCAAUACUGUAUUUUUCAUAUUUUGAUAAUCUUGCAGUUAUAUUACACAAUGUAUAGAUAUUCUAAUUGAUUUGUUGCUAUAUUGCCCUUCAUAGGAGAACCUGUUUCAGGACAUCCACCUCUCGAUAUUGUACCGAUUUCUAGAACAAUGUUGCUGCAUUAUUUGUCAAAUUUAACUUUACCAUUUUGAUUGUUAAUGCUUAUGUCAAGUUAAAAGUUGUAUUUACUAUAUAAGCAUUGACUGGUUUAUUUCUUGGCUAGUUGAUUUACUUUACACACAGCAGUAAUAUUGUGACAUGUUUUCUGAAUUGUUAUGAAUUAAUUGAUAAAGUAAGAUACUCCUCUAUAUAGGUGGCGCCACUUACCGUGUCUCAUUAGAUGAUGAAGUAACUUGCUCAUUGAUGUAGGUGGUUACUGAUUAGUUGAAGAAUGUUUUGGGUUUUUACCUCACCUGUCACAAAGUGACAAGGUGAGCUUUUGUGACCGCGCGGCGUCCGUCGUCCGUGCGUCAGUGCGUCCGUGUGUAAACUUUUGCUUGUGACCACUCUAGAGGUCACAUUUUUCAUGGGAUCCUUAUGAAAGUUGGUCAGAAUGUUCA